ACUUUCCCAUAACAUACACUGCGGAAGUUUCUUCCCCAAAAAAGUUUCCAUUUUUGGGUUUUCCUUUAUCCAUUUCUCAUACUUCAAAUUUUUUGUAAUGUAUUUGUGAAGAAUCAUUGACCUUAAUUAUUCUUCACUUGCUAUGGCAUCUCUUAUUGUACCAAAGCUCACAACAAGUUCUCAACUUGGUUAUCAAAAUUUGAGGAAAAGACACAGUGCUUUUACAUUGAAGAAAACCAACAUAAUGAUGCAUGUGGUUAAUCACAAUCAAAGUCAAAUGGGUGAUGUCUCCCAUGGAUUGCAUAAGGAUUUGGGCUCUCUUCCAAGGCCCUUAUCCAUAUCUGAUAUUGUGGCUGCUUCUGAUAAUCGUGCCAAAGUACGAAUAUCAUAUAAGGGGCUACCAGGAUCAUUCAGCGAGGAAGCUGCAGUUAAAGCUUACCCUAAUUGUGAAACAGUCUCAUGCAGUGAUUUUGAAGAAGCUUUUAAGGCUGUUGAGUUGUGGCUGACUGACAAAGUUGUCCUUCCUAUUGAAAAUACAUCUGGUGGAAGCAUUCAUCGGAACUAUGAUUUACUUCUUCGCCAUAGGCUUCACAUUGUUGGUGAGGUGCAGUUGGCUACUAACUUCUCCCUUCUAGCUCUGCCUGGUGUCCGAAAAGAGUACCUUAAACGUGUUUUAAGCCAUUCUCAGGCACUUGAUUUAAGCGACGAUUUCCUGAAUAAAUUAGGUGUUGCAAGAGAAAAUGUUGAUGAUACAGCUGGUGCUGCUCAGAUUGUAGCUUCAAAUGGUCUGUAUGAUACUGGCGCCAUUGCAAGCAACCGAGCUGCCGAAAUCUACGGGCUUUGUGUACUCGAGGAAAGAAUCCAGGACGAUUCUGAAAUCAUCAGUCGUUAUCUUGUGCUCGCAAGAGAUCCAAUAAUUCCAAAAGCCAAUAAGCCCUUUAAGACUAGCAUUGUGUUUACACUUAAUGAAGGUCCUGGAGUGCUGUUUAAGGCUUUAGCAGUAUUUGCAUUGAGGGACAUAAAUUUAAGCAAGAUUGAAAGUCGGCCACAAAGAAACCGGCCACUAAGAGUUGUUGAUGGCUCCAACACUGGUACUGCCAAGUACUUUGAUUACCUUUUCUAUAUUGAUUUUGAGGCGUCUAUGACUGAGCCUCGAGCACAAACCGCUUUAGGACAUCUUCAGGAAUUUGCCACAUUUCUUAGAGUUCUUGGAUGCUAUCCCAUAGAUUCAACCGUAUAGACUAUAGCUAUAUUCUUUUUUAUUGGUGAUCUUUCAACAUAUUCAAGCCUGAAGUUUUGAAGAGGAUUUGGUUCAAACUAAGACCAUGUCCAGUCCAAGUAAAACAGAAACUUUCAGAUGGUCACUAUGUAAUGUAAGAUAAAAAUAGUUGAUCUUGACCUUACAAAAUUGUCAUUGUUUUAUUUGUUUAAACUUAUCCAUGUAUGAAGGAUACAGAAGAAGUUGCAGUGCCUUGAAAAAAGGGCAUCUAAAUAUAUUCUUGAACCAAGUAGAGUUUUCAUAUAGUAGGUUGUCUAAAGAUAUUACAAGGUCAAGAGUUUAUAAUGGCAUAGUAGUUUGGCAUUGUUUUGCAACA